AUGGCAAAGGAUCUGGCUGAAGAUGCUGAUAUAGCCCAAGAGUUGACCUCGGCCCCAGCUCCUCAGACUGUAGUUCCUGAUCCUAUCGACGUGACUCCUACCACUAUUCCUACUUCGACUCCUACUCCUACCAUUGACUCUGCUCCUCUGGUCCCCCAAGCCAAUAUCCUUGCUGUUUCUACUGAGGUGCCUCCCCCCAACAAUGAUGACACUCUUUCUGCCAGUAUUGAUGACCUCUUUGCAGAUGUUGGAGGGAACAUCGGCGGCGAGGUUGAUGGGCCACCUCCUGCAUCUCAAACUUAA